AUGCACGCCAAACUGUCAAACUGCCUUCUGGCGGCCUCUGCUAUCCUGCCCAGCGUCUCUGCCCAGGGUUGUCCCUUUGCCAAACGAGACGGCUCAGUGAGCAGCGAGCUUCCCAAGAGGGACACAGCCGCGACCUUUGGUCGAUGUCCCACCAUCAGCAACGAGGCUGGCGGCGGCACUCGCAGCCGCGACUGGUGGCCAUGCCAGCUUAGACUCGACGUUCUCCGUCAAUUCCAGCCCUCGACCAACCCGUACGGAGGCGACUUCGACUAUGUCAAGGCCUUCAGCUCUCUCGACUACGAUGCCCUCAAGGCGGACUUGCGCGCUCUCCUCACCGAAUCUCAGGAUUGGUGGCCCGCCGACUUUGGCCACUAUGGAGGCCUGUUCAUCCGUCUUUGCUGGCAUAGCGCCGGCACGUACCGCGCCAUUGACGGCCGCGGUGGCGGUGGCAUGGGUCAACAACGGUUCGCUCCACUCAACAGCUGGCCGGACAAUCAGAACCUUGACAAGGCUCGUCGCCUCCUAUGGCCAAUCAAGCAGAAGUAUGGCAACAAGAUCUCGUGGGCGGACCUAAUCCUCCUGGCUGGAAACACUGCCCUCGAUGAUAUGGGCUUCAAGACUCUUGGCUUCGCCGCAGGCCGCCCCGACACGUGGCAGGCCGACGAAUCCAUCUACUGGGGCGGCGAGACGACCUUCGUGCCCAAGGGAAACGACGUCCGCUAUAAUGGCAGCACCGACAUCUUCGAGCGCGCUGACAAGCUGGAGAAGCCUCUGGCCUCUACAAACAUGGGCCUCAUCUAUGUCAACCCGGAAGGCCCUGACGGUAGUUCCAACCCCGCCGCCUCGGCGAACGACAUCCGCACUGCAUUCCAUCGCAUGGGAAUGAACGAUUCAGAGACUGUCGCUCUCAUCGCCGGUGGACACGCCUUUGGCAAGACCCACGGUGCCGUUUCUGCUGACAACAUCGGACCUGAGCCUGAGGCUGCUAGUAUCGGCGAGAUGGGCCUAGGAUGGCACAACAGCGUUGGCGACGGCAAUGGCGUCAACCAGAUGACCAGUGGUCUGGAAGUGAUCUGGACCAAGACCCCUACCAAAUGGAGCAACGACUACUUGGAGUCGCUUCUGCACAACAAAUGGACCCUAGUCACCAGCCCUGCAGGUCAUCACCAAUGGGAGGCUGUCAACGGCACCCUCGACUACCCCGACCCCUUUGAUGCCACCAAGUUCCGCAAGGCGACUAUGCUCACUAGCGACUUGGCCCUCAUCAACGAUCCUUCCUAUCUCAACAUCACCACUCGAUGGGUGGACCACCCCGAUGAGCUCGCUGAUGCGUUCGCCAAGGCUUGGUUCAAGCUCCUCCACCGUGACAUGGGCCCUCGGGCUCGCUACCUCGGCCCCGAAGUCCCCCAGGAGACCUUCAUCUGGCAGGACCCUCUUCCCGCCAGGGAGGGUGACCUGAUGGAUGAUGCCGAUGUCGCCACUCUGAAGUCCACCAUCCUUGCGGUCCCCGGCUUGGACGUCUCCAAGCUCGCCUCCGUCGCCUGGGCCUCUGCCUCGACCUUCCGUGGCUCCGACAAGCGCGGUGGAGCCAACGGCGCCCGCAUUGCCCUUGAGCCCCAGGUCAACUGGGUUGCCAACAACCCCACGCAGCUCUCCGCGGUCCUCGACGCCCUGAAGAAAGUUCAGGCCGACUUUAACACCGGCUCCAAGAAGGUUUCCCUCGCCGACCUGAUCGUUCUCGGUGGUACAGCCGCCGUCGAGAAGGCUGCCGCGGACGCUGGCGUCAAAGUCACCGUUCCGUUUGCCCCCGGCCGCGUCGAUGCUACCCAGGAUCAAACCGACAUCGAAUCCUUCGGCUACCUUGAGCCCCAGGCCGAUGGCUUCCGCAACUACGGCCGCGGCACCGCUCGCGCCCGCACCGAGGAGUUCCUCGUCGACAAGGCCGCCCAGCUGACCCUCAGCCCCCCUGAGAUGACUGUCCUUGUCGGCGGCCUCCGCGCCCUCGGCGCCGUCUUCGAUGGCUCCAACACCGGCGUGCUCACCGAAAAGAAGGGCCAGCUGACCAACGACUACUUCAAGAACCUCCUCGACAUCUCCACCGUCUGGUCCCAGAGCGACACCGACGGGGAGACGUGGAAGGGAGUCGACCGCAAGACCAAGACCGAAAAGUGGACCGCCACCCGCGCCGACCUCGUCUUCGGUUCCCACGCCGAGCUCCGUGCCAUCUCCGAGGUCUACGCCAGCUCUGACGCCAACGAGAAGUUUGUCAACGACUUCGUCGCGGCCUGGACCAAGGUCAUGAACCUUGACCGCUUCGACCUGCAGAAAUAA